AUGUCCGGCUCAAAUGAAUGUGUUUCCGGACUUCUGGAUGAUAUGUCAUUGGAGAAUCAGUUCGAUGAUGUCGAUUUUUCGUAUCAGUCCAAUAUAACGUUCGAUAUGCACCCAAUAUGUGGUGAAGAUUUCCUUCUAAGCGGUGAGGAAACAAUAUCGUCGUGUGUAGAUGGUGGAGGAUAUUUGGAUGAUUGCAUGGAGUUUGAUGGAAAGGCUAAUAUGUCGACAGCACAAAUUCCUGUCACACGUUUUUCGUUUGCAGCGAAUACUCGGACAAAGCUAAAAGUUGGGGACGACCGUUAUCAAAGUUUAGACGGGGACAUUGAAAGUGUUCAUCCCGCCGAUAGAUUCUCUAAGGAUUCACCAACACUAGAAUCAUCAUCACUGUCAAAAUCGGUAAAUGUUAUUGAUAUACCUGAAAUGGUUUGUUUGGAAGGCUUCUGUGAUGGGAUUUAUAUUCAGAAUGACAAAUUGCCGGUCUUAUCUAUGUCGGCUACGAAUCGAACAAACGAGCUCAGGCCUGCUGUAUCACCCGGAGCAAUGCCCAUAUCGCCGAGUGGUUUCGGACAGUGGAAAAAGCGUCGUGUACAAAUACGAACAGCAAAUGGUCAAUAUGAGACGAAGGCUUGGGUAGCCACAGUGCCUGUCGUUAAAACAGUGACCUCGGCUAAUGUUCGCAAGUUGUCGAAAGUUAUGNGUGCUCGUCAAGAGUGUGCUGCUUUCGAUUUGGAUGAUCAUAAUAUUCUUCAGGAUUCUCAACACGAUCCGACCCUGUCGUCUGCUGCACAACGACUCGAUGAUGGUUUAUCGUCGCCGAUUGCCACAAUAGCACCGUCAAUAUCACGUUCAGAUUCCAUGCGAAUGUCUCCGAACACACCUACAAAAUUAUCAGCUGAUCACGAAAGCAGUAUUCCGCAAUCACUGAGCUCACCAGAGCCAGUUGGAAAGUCAAUAAAGCAUGUCGAGAUCGUGCAUUCGGCCAGCACAUCUACCGAUUGUUUCAAGAAUAAAAUGGCAGUGACUGUUAGCGAACCUUCCACUUCAUUUAAACCGGUCAAAUUGAUUAAAGUGCAUAGGAUUCCUGAAAGUGUUUCGAAAUCUCGAAAGUCAGCGUUGAAAAAAGUGCCAUGUCCAUAUGAGAAUUGUGAGAAAUUGUUCAAAUCAUGCUCAGCACUACGAAAGCAUUUUGCUUGUCAUGCGCCUCCAUCACAUAAAUGCGAUAAAUGUGGUCGAGCGUUUGUGGAACGCUCCAAACUGCGACGGCAUCAACUCGUUCAUACCGGUGAAAAGCCUUUUCGUUGUGAAUUCGAAGGAUGUGACAAACGCUUCUCGCUGAUUUUCAAUCUGCGGACUCAUCAGCGACUUCACUUAGGAGAGAAGCCGUUUGUAUGUCCACAUUGUGAGAGGGCCUUUGCACAAUCAACGAAUCUGAAGGCGCAUAUGAGAACACACGGAAAGUGA